CUUCGGAAAAGAGGCUGCUGCUAAGUCGUCGGUGUGGCGAUCCUCCCUUGUGAAGCGAACCUCAAAAAUUGCUUGCUAGCUCAGAGUACACCAUGGCAGACUCUGAGGAGGACCGAAAGCUCACUGUCGAGGAGAAGGCUGCCCAUGAGUCAGGAUUGCUUGACGGACACGACAGUCCGACGGAUACAAAGGUGAAGCCCGCCCUGAAGAAGAAGAAUCCUCGAAGUGGUGAAAAACCAAAGAAGGCGUUGAAAUGGGAUGAAGUGGCCAUAGAAGAGCAUGAUCUGCUCCGUGGAACUCGUAUGAAGAUUGACGAACCCAAUACACCAUAUGUUCACUAUGAUUCAGGGCAGGAAAGUGACGAUUCACGGCGGGCCAAGUCACCCGUCACCCAGAAAAAUACUCUCAGUUGGGAUUCUCUCCAGAAUCGGCUCGACAGCGUUGCUGCGGUUCAGGAUGCCUUUCCCUCGAGCCCUUCAUCACACGGUGGCGAUCCUCCAGACGAAGACGACGAUCGUCAAAAGGAAAUGAGAAAGCUCGAAUUCCGGGAGCAUCGAAAGAGGCAUUACAAUGAAAUGGAACUUGUGAGACAAUUCCGACAGGAGCACCCAGACGGUGUGGAUAUUGGUGCUGAUGCCGACGAUGAGGAGGAAAAUUAAAAAAACUGUAACAGCCGAGUUGACAACUUGCAUGUGAUCUUCUGGUGUAGGCUUUUCUAGUAUUUCUUAGACUUCUUAUAUACCGGAAU